AUGAGUCAGCUGGUGAAAAAAGUAUUUAAAUAUGGUGUAUUGGUUACAACUGUAGGUGGUACUGGGCUACUACUAAAACAUAAUGAUUGGGAGGUGUCAACUAUUGGUGUCUUUAGAUUUGGAAGAGCUGCCUUUGCUGUAACUCGUGUUGUAAUAGAUUAUAAAGUGUCAUUAUAUGGAAUGAAUGUUGAUGAUCCAAACUAUGAAGAUAUCAAAUCAAAGGUUCAUACAAGAUCAGCUCUUAGCCUACGAGAAAUGUGUUGUAAAAAUGGUGGAGCGUUUAUUAAAGUUGGUCAACACGUUGGCUCAUUAGAGUACCUAUUACCAGUAGAAUAUGUUAAUACAAUGAAAGUAUUACACAACCAGGCUCCUGAAUCACCUAUUGAAGAGUUGUUCAAAGUGGUAGAAGAAGAUUUAGGCACCAAGGUGGAAGAUUUGUUCACAUCAAUUGAUCCUGUUCCCCUUGGAGCAGCUUCUUUAGCACAAGUUCACAAAGCAACAUUGAAAGAUGGUAGAACAGUUGCAGUUAAAAUACAACACCCAAAAGUUAAAGCUCAUUCUUUUGUUGAUAUUAAAACUAUGGAGAUACUAAUAUCAUUUAUAGCCUAUCUAUUUCCUGAUUUUCAAUAUAAAUGGUUGGCAGAAGAAACCAAGAAAAAUCUUCCAUUAGAACUGGAUUUUUUACAUGAAGGAAAAAAUUGUGAAAGAGUGUCCAAAGUUUUAAAAGAUUAUGAAUAUUUAAAGAUACCAAAGAUUUACUGGGAGUUAUCAUCAGAAAGAGUAUUAACUAUGGAAUAUUGUAAAGGUGGGAAAGUUGAUGAUAAAGAGUAUAUGAAGAAACAUGGUAUACCUGUUGAAGAGGUAACAAGAAAACUAGGGAAACUGUACAGUGAAAUGAUAUUUGUACAGGGAUAUGUACAUUGUGAUCCCCAUCCUGGUAAUGUACUAGUCAAUAAAACUAAACAUGGUACUCAAAUAGUGUUACUAGAUCAUGGUUUAUAUCAGUCAUUAACAGAAGAAUUUCGAUUAAAUUAUUGUAAGUUAUGGUUAGCUUUAAUUAAAGCUGACGUGGACAAAAUCAAGAAAUAUUCUGAAAGAAUGAAUGCUGGUAAAAUGGCUGGGUUAUUCGCUUGUAUGUUGACAGCUAGAUCUUGGAACUCAAUAACUAAAGGCAUAGAUAAAUCACAAAUUUCUUCAUCAGAGUCUAAUGACAUCAGAGAAAACGCAGCCACAUAUUUAAUGGAAAUAUCUGAAAUUCUGAAUAAUGUUCCAAGACAGAUGUUGCUAUUGUUCAAAACUAACGAUGUCUUGCGUGGAAUUGAGUCUUCUUUAAAUACACCAGCUAAUGCGACAUCAUUUAUAAAUAUGUCGAGAUAUUGUGUCCGGGCGGUGGCCAGACACAAGUUAAAAUAUUCACAUAGUUUCUUCGGUCGUUUGAAAAUCCAAUCCGCAGAACUCUGGCUUCUAUUUAAAAUCAAUUUAUAUCAGUGGUAUUUAUGGCUGUCAACUAAUUUUAAAUCUUCUCAUAGGUCAUUAACAAGUUGA